UUUUUUCCUGAAAUAUGCUCCAGGAGCUUAGUGUACACCCAUGCCAGGAGGGGAGAUCAGGUGCCCGGAGGCGGUGGAGCCCCAGCAGGACAGAGAGACCUCUUUGGGGCCCAGCUCUGGGCUGCGGAGGAUGGCGAGGCUCCCCACCGCCCUCCCGGACCAGCCCCAGGGUUGGGGGCACCGGGACAUGGCAACAGGAACACAACGACCCCACCGACAUCGAUCCUCGCCGUCGCCCUGCCCUCACCCAAGAUGGCGGCGGCGCCGCCCCGCCAGCCUCUCGCGAGGUUUGCGGCGGGGGCCGGGCGCUGCCCCCUGCAAAUGGCGGCGCGGAGGCCGGGCGUGCUGCGGUGAGGCGGGAGGUGCCGCCAUGGAGCACAUCACCACCCCCAAGGUUGAAAAUGUGAAAUUACUAGAUCGCUAUACAAAUAGGAAGGCAGCGAAUGGGACGUUAUACCUGACAGCUACUCACCUAAUCUAUGUAGAAGCUUCUGCUGAAGUCAGAAAAGAAACAUGGAUUCUGCAUCACCACAUUGCAACUGUAGAAAAAUUGCCUCUGGCCACGGCUGGAUAUCCACUCCUUAUACACUGCAAGAACUUCCACGUGGCUCACUUUGUUAUUGGGCAGGAACGUGACUGUCAUGAAGUCUAUACCUCAUUGCUUAAACUUUCACAACCAGUGAAACCUGAAGAACUUUAUGCUUUCUCUUAUAAUCCUAAAAUGUCUAAAGAGAACCGUGAGAUUGGAUGGAAGCUGAUUGAUUUAAAAGUAGAUUACCAGCGUAUGGGAAUUCCAAACGACUAUUGGGAAAUAACGGAUGUUAAUAAAGACUAUGAGGUUUGCAACACAUAUCCUCCUGAAAUAGUGGUGCCUAGAGCUGCUAAUAAGGCAGUGGUGAUCGGAAGUUCAAGGUUCAGAAGCAGAGGGCGGAUUCCGGUGCUUUCGUACUUGUAUAAAGAAAACAAUGCUGCCAUAUGUCGUUGUAGCCAGCCCCUCUCCGGGUUCAGCGCACGCUGUCAGGAGGAUGAACAAAUGCUGCAGGCGAUCAGAGAAGCCAACCCUGGGAGCCCCUUCAUGUGGCUUUAUUUCAUCUGUGCAUGUAUGUCUGUGAAAAGCUUUGGAAUUCUCUUACUAUUUCUAUACCACCAUUUAAAUGCCAUGGCCAACCGAGCUGCUGGGAAGGGUUAUGAGAAUGAAGAUAAUUAUGAUAACAUACGCUUUAAAUUUAUUGGCAUAGAAAACAUCCAUGUGAUGCGGAGCAGCUUGCAGAAACUCCUGGAAGUGUGUGAAAUGAAGUCCCCCUCAAUGAGCGAUUUCCUCACGGGGCUGGAGAACUCAGGUUGGUUACGGCACAUUAAGGCUGUGAUGGAUGCAGGUGUCUUUCUUGCCAAGGCUGUGAAAGAUGAAAAAGCUAGCGUCUUAGUCCACUGCUCUGAUGGGUGGGAUCGCACAGCGCAGGUCUGCUCCCUGGCUAGCCUCCUCUUAGAUCCAUUUUAUAGGACUUUUAAAGGCUUCAUGGUUCUAAUAGAAAAGGAGUGGAUUGCAAUGGGCCACAAGUUCUCACACAGGUGUGGCCAUUUGUGUGGUGACCCCAAAGAAGUAUCCCCUGUCUUCACUCAGUUCGUUGAAUGCGUCUGGCAGCUCAUGCAGCAGUUCCCGUGCGCCUUUGAGUUUAAUGAGCGUUUCCUUCUUGAAAUCCAUGACCAUGUCUACUCCUGCCAGUUUGGGAACUUCCUUGGGACCUGUCAUAAGGAGCGUGAGGAUCUCAAAAUCUUUGAGAAGACCCAUUCUCUGUGGCCUUUCCUCUUACAGAAGAAGCAGGAAUUGAGAAAUCCUUUGUACAGGGGAUUUACAGCUUACAAAGAGCUUCAACCAAACACACUACCUUUCAGUUUCCAGUUUUGGUGUGGGAUGUAUAAUCGCUUUGACAAAGGAAUGCAUCCAAAACAGUGUGUUUUGGAUCAUCUGCUAAGCUGCGUGAGCCAAAAGAUGAAACUGGAGGACAGCGCAUCUGAACUGGAAAAUAAACUUCCUUUCCUGGAUGGUCCUUUGCCGAGUGAAACUUGCUCCUUAUCUAAAGUAGGACAUGCUGUUUCAAAAACACCGAUGCUCAACACUCCUCAGGAUUACGAAGGGGAUCCACCUCCUGUGUUGAGCAAUGGCGCCUCAGCAGGGGAUAUGGAUGUUCUGUCAGAUGUGGACCAAAGGAACAAAGAGAACCUGUUUCAUCACCAGGACCUCUGUGAUCACAGUGACACCAUUGACAUGUUAGACUCUGAAGCCAAGGAUGGAAAGCCUCAGCACCACUGAUCAGCCCGGAGAACUGUGUUCCGUGACCCCGGUGAUGUGGUGGUGAGGCGUCAGGGAGCUGUGUCCCCGCGAGGGUGCAGACCCCGGAACCAUUUCCAGCUAAGUGUGAGUACGUGUGUUUGCAGGGAGCUGUGCUCGCUGUACAGAAGGCAGUCUGCGUUUGGUUUGGUUCCAUCGUUUUGCAGCUGCAGUGAUGAAGAUGUGUACAGAGCUGCCCAGAAGGCUACCCUGAGUCAGUGUAAACCUUAUUUUUCAGUGGAAACACGAUGUGUGGUCAAGGUUUAUGACUGCCAGCCAGUACUGGUAUUUCAAGCUGAAAGAAAUCUUGGCCAAUUAACGUGGGGCUUAGGACUUGUGCAGUGUUUAUAACUGGAGUAGGACAGAUGCAGUCCAUUUAUUCGCAGUGCUGGUGCAAGGUCAUCUUAAAAUGAUUAAAAAAAAUCUCAGUUCAUCUUAAAAUGACAAAAAAAAAGAAUCUUUUUUUAGCUGUGAAUGAAUCUCUGCAUGAACCCUCACCUUGUGGCAGAACUGAUGAAUUUGUUUCUUAUGCAUAUUUGUUAAAAAAAAAACCACCCCCCUGUGCCUUUUUAUGGAGACCAUUUUAAUGUCUAGCCACGCAACUUACUAUUUUUAUUAUUGUAGUGUAUGUAAGGUGUAGUUCUUGGUCUUUGUAGUCAGUAUUUUUUAAAGAAGGUUUUUUAUCUGCUGAUGGCUUCUCCAGGUUCUUUGCCGAUCCCCUGAGUUUAGUAGCUUCUUUCUAAGCCAACCUUUCAAAGAGUAAGCUUUUAUGGACCACACUUACUGACUGUGAGAGUGCAGCAAGCCACAAAGAUGGCCUGUAACACAUGCAUUUUUGACAGAGGGAGGAUUAGAAAGGAGAAAAGAAAAUUGAUAUGGAGUUUUUCUCUCUUGUUUUAUGAUCUUGGUUAAAUUGAAACAAGAGAGUAACUCUGUUCUAAGCUGGAAUCGAUGUGGUUUCCUCACAUCCAUCGAUGAGGCAGUAAUUAAAGAUGACGUGUGUUCUAUUAUUGAAAUGGGGCCUAAAACAAUUGCUUCAUGUCACGUGCUGAGUGAUGAUAGUCAAUGCUAUCUUGGAUGUUAAAAUUACAUGAACCUUGGAGGCGUUUUGUCUGUACUGUCAAGACAUGGGGAGGUGAACGGUAUUUGUUGUGGCUAUGAACUUCGUAAUUUUGUGAAGCUGGUGACAAAAUGUACAUUGGGAUGUGACCCCUUAUUGGAACAAGAAGGGAACAUCUUGGCUCGUGGCUGUGGCUCCAACUUGGACUUGCUCCAGUGCUUGUUACCACUACUUAGUUUCUUUAAACUACAGUAAUCUCAGCUGGAGAUACUAGUUUAAAGUUGCAGCUUUAAAAUGGAGACACGUACUCAUUUAUACAGAAGCCUUGUGAAGAAACAAGUGCUUGUCUCCCCAGGGAAAUGGAUGGCCCAGGCAAGCUGUUCCACAGUCCUUGUUCUUCUGGACAAGCUUCUAUAAAUGUGCUUAAUUGCACAGAGAGUCCCUUUGUGCCACUUAAUUCAAGAUGCUUUUCUGCUUUCUUUUGGAUCCUAUUGUUUAAGUUAGAUGCUGCCAUUAGGUCUUAAAAUCAGUUUUUCUCUUUUAUGAAAUUUCAAAAUAAACUGAAAAUAUUUCCUAAGUUAGCCCUCCCAAUCUACAGUGAAAAGUAGAAACAUUCCAUUACAGCAUUGUAAAAUGCAGUAGCCGUUGUUCAUAUGCUUGUAACCUAUGGUGAAAUGACUAGGUUAGUUUCAGUGUUCAAGAUCAAAGUAGAAAAGGGGGGGGGGAAAACCCACCCAAAUAAACUCCCUUGAGUGUCUCACUUUAGGUAAGAAAAUACACAUUUUAUUAAGCAUAUCAAAAGACCCAAGGAAAAAGGGCAAUACCUGAGAACACAGAGUUUCUUCAACGCAAAGAGAAACUUUUUUAACAUUGCAGGUUUUUUAAUCUUAAAGCAAGUAAUAUUUAAGUAGUUUUAAAAAAAAAAGUUGUUUUCAAGGUAGGAGUGAGAGCACCACAGUGUGCAAUUAAGAACUAAGUCCAUAAAAUACUGAACCAGAUAUGCUUAGGCAGAAGAUGUUUGAAAUUUGUUGUGUGGGUACCUAUCAGAAGUACUGCAUCAUGCAACAGGUGUAUUUUAUUUUGAAGGACGCACGUUUCUGAAUGCAUCUCUUCUUAAUCUCAAGAUGAGUAUCCGCUGUUGAGCCUCUCUGCUCCUAAAAAGAGAUCUGCUAAAUUACUCGUAUUAACUUAGAUAAUCUACCAGCUUUUUAAGUUUGCCAUGUCCAUGUAUUCCUCAAGCAAAGAGAUUGUACCCUACGUCUUAAUCCAGCUGCUCUGGAUAGCCGGGGUUUGGAAUCUGUUGUAGCUUUCCCUGGAGGGUGCCGGGGAGAGAACUUCCCUUUGCCUCUCUGUAGUGUAGAAGCUCAAUUUCACACGUGCACUUUGCAGUUUGGGGCCUGUUUCACGUGGACGGAUAGAUCAACCCCGGCUUUUCUUUCUAGGUGGUAGAAGAAUCUAGUGGAUAGUAUGCACGGCUUCUUAAAUAGAGAGAUCUGACAUGGUGAAUGAGACCAAGACAGGCGCUUUCUACGACCAGUUAUUCCAGAUGUCAUCAGUUCUUUUAAUGUGUUCUCUAGUGAAAAUUAGAGAUACAGAAUUGUAGAGAAUUUUGACUGACUACUGAAGGAUUUAGACAUGCCAUUGGUUAUCACUGUAUAAAAACAUUUUGCAGAGGUUUCUAUAAAUGUUUACACAUUGCCUUGUCUUUUGAAUUACCAUAGAUUACCUUAAAAAAAAAAAGUACCAUAAUCUUUGCUUAUCCCUAAAAUGUGACCCUGACAUCUCCGCAAAUCCUUUUGACUAACAAUAUUACUACAGGUGCAUAUAACCAUGAAAAGAUUACUUCAUACACUGAAAGUAUUAGUAGGCUUGUGGUAAUCUUGCUGCUUGUGACUUCAGUAACAAAACAAUGGAUGAGUUUAUACUCUGAAAGGCAAAACCUAGCAAAAAAAUAAAAUUAACGGUCUGUCUUUUUAAACCUCUUGGAUUUAACGUAUACAGAGUUGGUCAAAGUCUACAACAUAUUAAAAAUCAUUCAUGCUGGUGCUGUAAAUUUACAGAGCUGGAAAAGAUUCCAGGGUUUCCUGGCUUUCCAUGAGAUUAUUUGUGUGAAAAGCGAGUAGCCAGAAGCUUUUUCAUUUUGAUGGGAACUCUUGUGUGUGUUAAGACCAAAAAUGAAAAUCUGUUCAAAGCUCUGCAGCGUGUGCUCAGGUCUCUGCUCGGGCCGGAGUGGCUUCCCAGCGCCUGGCAGAAAGCCAGGUUUCCCACGUUCCGGAGUGCCUCGCUGACAGCAGUGAGGGACUUAGUUUGUGUUCCCUAAAAGUGUUAACAGGAAAUCUAAAAGCUGUUACGUAGCUUUUUAUGUAGGAAAUCUUCUGGCUAGGUGGAAAGUUGCUAUGACUUGUUUAUCCCUAGUGGAGCAUCCAUGCAUUGUGAUGUCACGAAUACUGUUUGCUAUUUGGAGCUGUUAAGAGAACGGUGCAACUCGCUGCUUUCUGUUUGGAUCCCUCUGACCGGGUGAACUGGGAGGGAGGAGGGAUUCUAUGUUGCUGCGGGUGGGCUCUGUUUGUGUAAAACUCUUCCUUUCCUGGAGCAUCUCUUGCUUUGCCAAGAUGCUCCAAGGUGUCGUGGUUUCGUGGCUGCGCAUAGUGUGUCUCUUGCUGCAAACAGGCGUAGCUCUGCAGUGGGCAAGUGCCUGUGUAUUCAGUGUUAAAGCUAUUCCCUUUCAAGUAAAGAGGGACUCGUGUAGCUUUAUUUCUCACUUGAAAUGUCUUAAUGUGAACUUCACAAUGCUGGAUUCUUAGAUUGUAUUUUGUUUUGCAAUUUUCACCUGUGGUAGAGAAAAUCCAAUUGGUGCUGUUUGCUUUACAGGAAAAGAAAUAAUUGGUUUGUCCGUAGAUGUUGUGGUCUCAGUUGGCCCCCUUUCAUGGGAGAGAAAAAGCAGUUUAUUAAAGCCUAUAGGUAUAAUAUACUUCUAGCUGCGUAUUCUGUUCCUGCUCUUAGCGAAUGCCUUUCAUUUAAGUGCUUAGAAGAAAAACCCACCUGCUAUGUGGGUGCUGACAUAAAGCCUCCCUGGCUAGGGUGGAGAAGACUGGCUGGUAAGCUGUUUGCUUCGGUGGGCUUCUCACGCCCUGGGGAGGGAGCCUUGCUCGGAGCUAAAGGGGUGCCGAGCUUCCCGGGAUCAGACCUUGUCGGGUUACAGCUGGGAAUCUCCAUGUUGAAGUGCCCCCUGUCUGUUGUUUCCAUUGGGUUUGGAGCUCAGAAAGCCCUUCCCUUGCAUCUAGCAAAGCUGGAGCACCUGCAGGGGAAGCAUUUAAAAGGGCUCUUGUGCCAGACAGUGCUGCAGUUCCCUUUCUGGGAAAACUGGUCUUUGGGCAGCAUCGGUGCCUGACGGUUGCUCCCCCAAAGGGAUCGCUUCUUGGCACUGUUUGGUAAUGAAUCUGACCAGGAGAAUUCAACAUGCGUCUGCUGUUUUGCUCUUCUCCCCUUCCCCACCACCCUGCCUUGAGUGCUGGGGUUGCUUGUUGUACGGACCUAACAGAGUUAUUCCUUGUUUACACACCUUCCGUCCCUCUUGCACAUAGAGGCACUUCCCGUGCCUCGGGGCAGCGUGGGGGGAACAAUCUGUUCUGAAUGUAGUAGUUUUUGUUUUAAUUAGUACACAGCACCUCACUAAUUAGAUGAGGCACGUCCCGAACCUGGUGAUGUUAAAGUCCAUGUUUUUGUAAGCACUGAGAGCAGCCAGGUUGGUGCCGACUGCAGUGGGUGUCAUUUGUUGGGGAGAGUGUUUUGCUGCGCAGCGCUGCGUCCCUUUGGCGUCUCUGAACUACAAAAGCAAUGCAGAACGAGGGUAGGUUAAACUGGUUGACCUAUAUCUCUUAUCGUGUAUCUCUGUAUAUGCGUCUGUAUUUAAUGUAGCAGCGUACUACUGGAAUAACUUGUCGCACUGGAUGUAGUCACACGUAACUGAGCACACACGUGUACGUCUGUCGUCCACAGACUGCUCUUUGUAGGAACGUACCUGGAAUUGUGUGUAGUACUCAGCUGAAAAUCGUAAAUGUUUUUGCUGUUUCUGUAAGUCAGUCACUGUUUCUGUCAGUGUAACUGUUGAAGGACAGUUGUAUAAAAUUGUGGAUGAUGAAACCCCUUGUUCUUGAAUGUGCUGUGAUGGCUGUAUACGCGUAACUCAUUGUAGGUAAUGCACUGCUUAAAAAAAAGAAAAAAUUGUACCCUGUUUAGAGGAGCGCUGUGUCUUUUCUCUAUGUGUAUUUGUUCCAGGAAGUUUCACUUGUAUUACAGUUUAUUUUUAUUCCCUACAAAAAUAAAUAC